AUGAUGCGUCUCGUGUCUCUGCUCUCCAUGGCGGCGGCGUCAGCUUCGGAGCAGUGCUCUGCGGCGCAGAGUGCGGCGGGGGCAAGGCUGCUGCAGCGUCGGCACAGCAGCAGCCCCUUCACCUCCGAACAUCAUGCCGGGUGUCACAAGAUGAUCACGCACUGCCUGAGCCGGAGCGAUGCAGACCAAGCGCCGUUGUUCUACGAUGCAAAUUGGUCUGCCUGGCAGCUGGGCUUCGACAUGUGUUGCAACAGCCAGUACAAUGAGGAGCUGUGCCACGAGCUGAAUCUGGUGAUGUUCAACUUUCCUGAGCGAGCCUUCGGCCCGGGGGAUCUCGUAAAGGAGACGCCGGACCCGGCUCUGAAGGAUUUUUGCCUCGAGGCCGAGGGCCUCAUGGAUGCACACUUUGCCAAGGUGAGCUUUGAGACCGAUGCCUUGUUGCAGAUCCCGAGCCUCUUCCAGAAAGGCAUCGCUUCUGAGACCAUCCGAGGCGUCCUUUCCAGGGUUGGACGUUCCCGAGGACUAAAGCUCCUCCACAAGUCCGACACCGCAAGUCGUGCCCGGGUGAUUCGCCGACACAUCCAAGAGUGCCAAGCGGGUCCAUGCUGGGAGCAGGUAUUUCUGCUGCAGAACUACUUCACCGAAGCAGCGCAGCCAUCAAUGCAUAGCAAGUGCUUUCGUGCGCUUGCACAGGUGAACAUGUCGGAUGGCUCGAUGAAGCAGGUGAGGGACAUGAAAGAGGGAGAUCUUGUACGGUCACGUGAGGGAUGGACGGUGGCCAGCACCGAAAUCUCAUUUAGUCAAAACUCGUACCGUGAUGAGUACUGUGAGAAGUCCGUCGGGACUUGGCAUGGUGAUAUCGUCAAGUACACCUUGUCUGGUGAAAGACCUCCACUCUACGUUUCUGACGAUGUUCAGCUCUUUGUCGUUUCGAAUGGCUCCAUCGUCAAAAAAGACUCGCAUCGGGGAUCGGAUGGGGUUACCGUGGGAAGUGAGCUCGUUACUCUCUACGAGAACGGCACCGUGGGUGGCGGUACUUUCAUUGUGCAAAGGGAGAUCCUGGAUGCAGAUUCGAGCCUGGACCUCGUGGAUGACAGCUUCUGCGGGCCAGAGGUCUCCAGCAAGAACGGCUUCUUCGUGAACGGGAUCAACCUGUACUGCGUGGAUGGGUCGGUCCAGUCCUUGCUCGCUGCACCUCUCCUGCUCCUCGUUCUGAUGUAUCCGCUGCUUCUCUAG